UUUAAAUAUGGCGGAAAAUGUUAAACUUUGUUCGUGCAUGUGAAUUUGGUUUUCUUUGGAGGAGCAAAAUAUAGAAUAUGGUGUUAGAGUCAAAGACUCAGAAAGUUUAUAGGGACCCGUUUGCAGUUAAACCUUUACCAAAAGCACAUUAUCAUCCAAGCAAACACAAAUAUCUCUCCAAAAGUCAAAGAAAGACAGCUUUGGGUAGUCCAUUAAAGCAGGAAGAUAAAGGAGACAAGCAACCCAGUGUCGAGGAUGAAGUGUUCCUCAAGGGAGGUAAUCGGUACUUAACAAAGACCCCUCCUCCUGAUGAUAACGCUUCCUCAAAGUUUGAUGAAUCCUGGCCGAGCAGCGAGAGACCAUCUUCUGUGGGUCUGACAGGCACAGAUGAUAGGAGUCCAUAUUCACUUCACAAAAUGUUAGAUUUAUAUGGGAAGAGAACGGAAGAUUACUCCGAUGUCAAACAGACCCUGUCGUUCACGGAGACAGAUCUGAAGGGUCCCCCGGGGGAGGGAGCAUCCACACUACAGAGGGUUGUUCGAAAAGUUCGUAUUCCUCACCUAUUGGUUGGUUGUGUCAUUUUACAAGAUAUAGCAAAUGAUUGGCAAACAAGCCAGAUAGAAAAAGACAAGUUGUUACAGAUGAAAAUGUUGUGCACACAACAGGCCUUACGAAUUACAAGUUGUAUUCAUGAAAGUGACACAAAGGUCUACAAGAAAAGAUAUAAGGAAGGGAAUGAUGCAGAUAUGAAAACAAAGGAAUUAGGGAAACGAAAUGAUCAUGCUGGAAGACUUUUACUAAAUCACGGUUAUCUAUCAGAUGCCAUUAAAACAGAAAACAGGGUUUUUUUAAACGACGACAUUGUCAAGAAAGUUAUAAAUCAAAUGUGGUACAAGCGCGAAAGUCUUUCCUUUCGAAGGGGCUUGCUGUUUGCCUUUUUGACAGUCUUCCAUCUCUUAUUAUUGCCUCCCUUGAUGAUCACAAUGGAGAACAGACCUUUACAGAGGCGAGGGAAACAGACAGGAGUGGAACCUCAUUUACAUUUAAUGUGUGACCUACUUCCCUGUCAGCACUCUCAACAGUAUGUAGGUAAAACACCAAGGUCACCUACAACAGAAAGGUCAAAACAGGAGGGGAGGCAGUCAAAAAUAAGUCAAAGUUCAAGGUCAGAAGACAACAAUUGUAAAGGUGAAUCUGAAUCAUCUGACCUUGAAGAAAAGACAGGGAGAUAUAAAUACCUAGAAGCAGAGAGACCAGAUGUGGAGGCAACCAAACCAAAAACUAGUGAAAGUGAAAAUAGAAUUAAAGAAAGUGCAAGUGACAUUCCAAAGAGAAAGAAAAACCAUGAAAGCCAACAUGUAAAGUCUGAUGUUAAACAUUCAAGUAAAAGUAGGGCACAGGAGGAUGAAGCUGAAGGAGAAGAAAACAUUCCCAGACCAAGAGAGUGCCAUAGUCCUUCUAUGAAGAGAUUUGAGAGUGUUAACUCAGCUAUAGGACAGGUUAUCAAGGACAGGUUAUUCACAUCUUCACUGAGUACUGUGAUAGACAGUGUGGACAAUAGUUUGUUAGACCAAAAUAGACAGAGUGUAGAAAUCACAGAGUCCACCAGAAUAUCCCCUCCGGAGUUAUCUCCUCCUGAUCCCAAGCCUCCCUCAGGAUUGUCUGCCCCUGAUUCCAGAGUGAAGGAAAAACAAAGGACGGGGACACAGAAAGAGAGAAAGGUGAAGACAGGAUCAGUCCCAGAGGAGGCAGGGAAGGGACAGAAUCUGGCAGAGGAGGCAAAGAGGGGCCGGAAUCUGGCAGAGCUAGAGAAUGAGGAGAGUUAUGAAUCUGAUGGGGAAUUCCCUGAGGAUCAGCUGUUACAGAUCCUUCGUGCCCAGCGAUCACAGUUUGAACAACAGCUAGGGCACAUUGACAAGCUUCUACAAAAGUUAUCGCCCCUGUCUUGAUCUAUGCAGAACAAUUUUUGUACAUAAAAUGUAUUAUUAAUA